UUCUCAAUCUCUCUCCACAAUUCCCAAUUGGUUUGAAGGAUUGUUCUCAUUUGGGUAGCACCAACAAUGGUAGAUGAAGUGAAGCUGUUGGAUUUCUGGCCCAGCAUGUUUGGUAUGCGAGUUAAAAUAGCUCUGGCCGAGAAGGGCGUGGCCUAUGAGUAUUUGGAACAAGAUCUGAGGAAUAAGAGCCCUUUGCUUCUUGAAAUGAACCCCAUUCACAAGAAAAUCCCUGUUCUUAUUCAUAAUGGAAAACCCAUUUGUGAAUCUUCCAUUAUUGUUCAGUAUAUUGAUGAAUUUUGGAAUGAUAAAGCUCCUUUGUUGCCAUCUGAUCCUUAUGAGAGAGCUCAGGCCAGGUUUUGGGUGGAUUUCAUCGAUAAGAAGCUUUAUGAUCCUACAAGAAAGAUAUGGGGCAGCAAGGGAGAGGAGCAUGAGACAGGAAAGAAAGAAAUGAUAGAAAUUUUGAAGAAAUUGGAAGAAGUUUUAGGAGAAAAGGGUUACUUUGGAGGUGAGAGUUUGGGAGUUGUAGACAUUAGUUUGAUUGGAUUUUCGUCAUGGUUUUAUACGUAUGAGACCAUUGGGAAGUUCAGCAUUGAGGCCGAGUGUCCAAAGAUAAUGAGUUGGGUGAAGAGAUGCUUACAAAAUGAGAGCGUUUCAAAGUCCCUCCCUGACUCCAAAAAGGUCUACGAGUUGGUGGUUGAAAUGCAGAAAGCUAUGGGGGUUAAUUGACCAAACAAACUCUUGGCAGCAGCCUUUUAUUUCCAUAUGUACUGUUUUAUGUAGUUUGGGGCUGUUUGGAUAUUAAAAAGAUCAAAAGGUUUGUUCAUCUGCACAUUGGGUGUGUGUGCUUUGAACAAUUUGUCAAUGUAGUGAGUCACAUAUGAAUAAAUAAAUAGCAAUGGCAUGGCCAGCUUUGGUUCU